AAAAAAAAAAGAAAAGAAAAAAAAAUUACUGUCAACAAGAGCUAAAUUCGUCAUAAACAAUGAACGUUGUGGAAGAUACCAUUGCGAUUACACUUUCAGUGAUAAUUUUUUUUGCUGGUGGUUGGGUGUUUUUCAUGAAGCAAUUGUUUAGGGACUAUGAAGUUCAUCAUCAUACUGUUCAGUUGAUAUUUUCAGUAACAUUUGCCCUUUCAUGCAUAAUGUUCGAACUUAUAAUUUUCGAAAUCCUCGGAAUAUUGGAUGCAAGCUAUCGUUUUAUUUGCUGGAAUGUGGUGCUGUAUACCAUGCUGGUAUUUGUGAUUGUCAUCAUACCCUUCUACAUAGGAUAUUUUGUGCUGUCAAAUAUUCGGUUUGUCAAAAAAGGUCUUGUCAAAAUUUUAUCACUCAUGGUUUGGAUUUUCUACUUAUACCUAUUUUGGAAAGUUGGUGAUCCUUUCCCAGUAAUAAGCAGCUCUAAGAGAAGCCUUCGCUUGCUUUCCAUGGAACAGGGCAUCUCACGAAUAGGUAUUAUUGGUGUAACAGUUAUGGCCCUUCUUUCUGGAUUUGGUGCUGUCAACUAUCCAUACACUUCUAUGGCAGUGUUCAUGAGACCGGUUACCCAUACUGACAUUCAGAUAGUGGAAAGGAAGUUGAUGCAAACCAUGGACAUGAUCGUUGUGAAGAAAAAACGAAUCGCCCUCAUGGAAAGGGAUUCCCGAAGUCAAAAGAACAGAAAUACUAAGGACGCUAGCACUUCAGGAGUAUGGUCUAUGCUAAAAAGCGUGGCUUCUGUUGGCGUCGGCAGCUCUGAGAACUUAUCAACUCUGAAAUGCGAAGUUUCAGCUCUUGAGGAGCUUAGCCGCCAACUUUUUGUAGAGGCGGUCGAUCUCCACACAAUGGAAGACAGGCUCGAAUGGUCAACAACGUGGCAAGGAAAGUACUUUAAUUUCCUAGGAUAUUUUUUCUCAAUCUAUUGUAUGUGGAAAAUUUUCAUUAGUACUAUCAACAUAGUUUUUGAUCGAGUUGGCCGUGUAGAUCCUGUCACGCGCGGGCUUGAAAUUGCUAUUCAUUGGGUUGGAUUGUCAAUUGAUUUCAAUUUUUGGUCUCAACACGUUUCCUUCUUAUUGGUUGGCUGCAUCGUCGUUACCUCAAUUAGGGGAUUACUUUUAACCCUGACAAAGUUUUUCUACGCAAUCUCAAGCAGCAAAUCGUCCAAUGUCAUAGUUUUACUUCUGGCCCAAAUUAUGGGAAUGUACUUCGUGUCCUCGGUCUUACUCAUGCGCAUGAACAUGCCUGCCGAGUAUCGUACCAUCAUCACUCAAGUGCUUGGAGAUCUGCAAUUUUCAUUUUAUCACAGAUGGUUUGACGUAAUCUUCCUCGUCAGUGCGUUGUCAUCCAUUGCUUUUCUCUAUCUCGCUCACAAACAAGCGCCAUCAACGGACAGUAAGCUCAAUAACUAUUGAUGCGAAGUUUUGGAUUUUGUGAUUGUUCAAAUAAGUGGUGCGGAUUUUUUUCAAAAUCGGUUCUCGUAUUGCUGGAUGUUUACCUUGUUUGUCAUCGGUUGAGUGUGCAAGUAAUAUAAAUAUUUGUUAAUAUUGAA